AUGCUUGUUACAGCGGAUUUAACAUUGGCUCUCGGAGGCCUUGUUGUUGCAGUGUUAAUCCUUUAUGUGACUGCUAGGAAGUGGCAGCGUCUGGACAUUCACAAGUGCGUGAAAGGGCCCCUCCGGGGCUAUCUCUCGAGUUCGUAUCCACCGUCCGCUGUGCAGGAAAAGGAGCCUGCCCCAUCACCCCAAUAUCAGGGCCUCCUACCACCACUGCGUAGGGAAUUCUUGCAAGAUAUUCGCCAACCUAUAUGUUACCAACGUAUUCGAUGUCCUCCCGUCACGGAAGAACAGGUUAAGCGGUCGAUUCUGCCAAUGGAGUCAAAUUAUAUGCUUUGCAAUGAUAUUAAAUAUACCCCAACUGGAUUUUCAACUGAAGACAUCAAGGCGUUGGGUGACUUUCCCGAUUAUGCCACUCUGAGUGGUGUUCCAUUACCAGAGCCAUAUCCGGAAUUUGAUAUCGCCAAGGCCAUUCCAAGACCUUAUAGGCCAUUCCGCUGGAAUUAUCAUCAGACAAUGUCACUCGCAAGGCUGGAUACCAAUUGGUGGCUUGAGCUGGAGAACACAUAUAAAGAACGAGUUGCAGAGAGAAUGGGCCUCUAUCGCAAAUGUGGAAAGGAAGUGCUGGAUUAUCUUCCUGGGUCGGAACUUGCAUGCAAGGAACUCAUGGAGAUGUCUUUACAAUUCCUUUGCGCUCGAUAUCCCCACUACUUUUCCCUUUCCCGAGACAAGCGGUUUUUCAACAAUGGUAUACUUGGCACAGUAGAGGAUCUACAGGCAGCACAUCCUAUCGAAAUAUUGAUGGCAAAUAUUCCCGAAGAUUUUGCCAUUAUGUUGAGAGAUGAGAAAACAGGAAAUUAUUACCUACGAGCGGGAGCUACCUGUUCCUCUUUGGGGUGGAACCUUGGGACUAAAAUGGGUCUUCAGCUCCACGAGAUUCAUGGCCCUAUUCCUGAUUAUAAAGAAAAGAUGCAAUUUUCUAUGGGCCGAUACUUCUCAAAAAUGCCUACCGAUAAGCCCAUCCAACGUGGCUCUUGGGGUCUAGAAGUUGAUAUGCCCCUAUACAUGCCACCAGGCGACCCUCACGAAUUGCUCCGCUUAUCUCAAAGUCCGGAUCUAAAGCUUUCCGACUGCUACCUUCGAGUAGACUGGCAGUCACUUCGGCGCCUUCCUUUAUCAGGCGCCAUUGUAUUCAACUAUCGGGCUGUCUUCACCCCUGUGUCUGAGUUUAAGGAUGAACCAGGAAUUCCUGGAUUAUUGGUGAAGAUUCUCGAAGAAGCAAAGAAAUCAAUUAUGGAGUACAAGAGUACGUGGCAUGUCGAGCACGUUGUUCUGCCUGCGUUCAAGCAGUGGGCAAAAGAGCAGGAAGAGAGUGGUCUGGUAGAGAAAGAUUGGAACGUCUGCACUUUGGAGGAGAGCCCGUAUUUUAAGGGGUGGGAGGAGAAGUGGCACCAUCAGCAGGGGUUUUAA